UUUCCUUUUUUUUUUUCUUUCUUUCAUUUAAUAAUCAUGACGGAUAAUUCAUUAAAAGUGGAUAAUGAUGCUAAGAGAACAAGGCAUCACUCAAAUACAAUUUCAGGCAGUAGACCUCCAGCCUUAGAUAUCACAAUUACUCGGCCAACACAUGUUCGUAGAAAUUCAGAAGGUUCUCCUGGUGUUCCUCCUCCUAUCUGUGUCUCUGAGCCUACGCCCAUUGAGCCCUCUGCUGAGCCCUUCAAUUUCGAGCAAAAAAAUCGUCCCCCAACACCUAACAAUGACCAAGUCAAACAAGAUAGCUUGUCUGACUCUACGCCCCAACAGUCCAAACGUUCUCGUUCACGAGCUUCAAGUCUGACCUCAAGUCUCUUGAACGAAAUAAAAGAGAGCUCGACUAUUCAGUCACUUGCUCAUAAGAUAAAGUCUCGACACGGUUCUGAAGACGUCGAUAAUGAAAGCACAGUGGAAUCAACAACAACCACAGCACCAGCAACAAGCAUUAUGACAAACAAUACAAUUAUUCUUGCCAACGCUAAAAGAAACCAAGAUUUCCAUGCUUUGUUUCGAAGUGUUCCAGAAGAAGAUUCGCUUAUUGAAGAUUUUGGAUGUGCUUUACAAAAGGAAAUUUUAUUACAAGGUCGGAUUUACUUGUCAGAAAAUCACCUCUGUUUUAACGCAAACAUCUUUGGUUGGGUUACUAAUCUUGUGAUUGCAUUUGCUGAUAUCGUUGACAUUGAGAAAAAGACAACUGCUUAUUUCAUCCCUAAUGCCAUUCAAGUAUCUACAGAAACUUCAAAGCAUUUUUUUGCAUCGUUCUUAUCUCGAGAUCAAGCUUAUGAUUUAAUGGUAGAUAUUUGGCAUACUGUUCGACCUGAUCUUGCACCUAAAGACGAAAACGACAUACAAAAUGAGCAAGAGAGUAGCUCAUUGGAUGAAGAUAAUAGUUCAUCUGAAUAUGAUAGCGAUACAGAAGACUCGUAUAGCGAUGAUCUAGACUCUGAAGUGAAUGCCAAAGAUACACAAGCCAAAGUCGAAAAUCGGUCUCGAAAAGUUUCAAUGGCAGGAUCGCUUCCUGCUUUCAAAGAUGUCAAACAUGUAGACUCCACUUCACGACGCCGAGCACAAUCUGAACUGCCUCGACCCAAUUUUCAGACUAUGAAUGAAAAGGCAGGCAACGAGAAAAAACCUGAUGGAGGAUCGCCAGACACAAAGGAAGAGCCUAAGCCUCAAGUGCAUGAAAAAACAGAAUGUGAAUGCGGCCAGAAUGGCAAUCAUUAUCCCAACUUAGUAAUGGAUCAAGUUUAUAACGGCACUUUGGAUCAGCUCUAUAAUCUAUUGUUUGAUAGUGAUUUUAUGAAGGACUUUUUAAUUGACAAUCAAAAGAGUUUAGAAAUUAGAAUUGGAAAUGGGGAUUGGAAAAAGACGGAUGGUGGGAAUGUAUUAGGCGUCAGAGAGUACUCUUACAUCAAACAGUUGGGUGGUGCCAUUGGCCCAAAGCAAACAAAGUGCUACAUUACACAAGAGUUGCUUCAUCAUGAUUUGGACAACUAUGUGUCAGUUUUGUCAACAACGUCUACACCUGAUGUUCCCUCAGGUUCUUCAUUUACGUGUAAGACUCGUACUUGCCUAACUUAUGCUGGCAAAGGAAAAGUACGAUUGACAGUAACAGUUCAGGUUGAAUUUACAAAAUCUUCUUGGCUCAAAUCCACCAUAGAGAAAGCAAGCAUUGAUGGCCAACAGACCUAUUACAAAGAUUUGGAUGCUGUUUUACGUAAACAUUUAUCUAAUGCACCUUCCGGACGAUCUGGCCAUGGUAAAAAGAAGAGAAGAAGAAGCAAGAAAUCAAAACACGCCAAAGCCCAUCAAGACGAAGCUGAACCAGAACCAUCGAAGCCUAAGGGUAUGUUGGACACGAUUUUCCAUCUAUUGUCUGAUAGUCUGGGGUCUUUUUCACUCAACACUUCUCAUAUGACGCUAUUAUGCUUAAUUAUUAUGGCUUGCAUAAAUGUCUUUAUUGCAAGAAAAAUGGCUGUUGUUGAAAAACAAAUAGAUGGUUUGGUUCAUGCAAACGAUUUCGAGAAUGCAGCAACACCUCAUUUACCACAAGAUCAGCGUGAUUUACGUUACCAACCGGAAGCAGACGAUUUAUGGGCAUGGUUAGGAAGUAUUGACCCCGAAAAAUCCAACCAGAGGCCCAUUGCUGUUGUUCAAAAUCCAGAAGAACAAGAAGCUAUUUGGGAUGAAGCGAUUCGAUAUUCAAAAGUGACCAAAGAACGCUUAGAUAAACAUAUGAUUGAACUGAAUGAAAUGAUUCAAAAGGCAGAAAGUAAUUUAGAAAGUGUGACACGAUCAGUGAAUGAACAACGUCAAAAGAUGAGACAACAAGACGCAUAAAACAAACACGCAUUUAUAUUUAUAUUUAAUA